AUGGUAACUGUUAGUGAUGAAAAUACAGACGAUGAAAGUACAAAUGCUUUAACACAGAAAAUUUCAUGUAUAGAUAUACAACGAUACAGCUCUUUAGAAAAGGUAAUUAGAGUAACAGCAUACGUCAUGCGUUUUAUACAGAAUUUACGGAAUUCAGGAAAUAAACGGUCAAUCGGAUUUAUCAGUGUUGAGGAGCGAUGUAAAGCAUUAGAAGUUCUAAUAGUAACAGUACAACAGGAAACAUUUAAGGAUGACAUUGAAAGCUUGAAUUUAUCUUCACAGAAAAAAGUGCCACUAGUUCGACAACUUAAACUAUAUACAGACAAAAAUGGAGUACUACGUUUUACCGGGAGAAUUCAAAACGCACCUGUGAAGGAUAGUACUAAAUAUCCGUUGUUAUUGCCAACACACCACAGUCUUACGUCCUUAAUUGUAAUGGAUGCACAUACAAAGACUUUGCAUGCCGGACUUAACAGUACAAUCGCAUAUAUUCAACAGAAAUAUUGGAUACCGAGAAUAAGACAGUGCGUAAAAUCACAAAUUCGUAAAUGCGUUCAAUGUAUUAAAAUAUCAGGAAUGCCUUACAGCGCACCCGAACCGCCACCGCUUCCUAAAGAUCGAGUCAACUACGAUUAUCCUUUUUCAGUAAUUGGCGUUGAUUUCACAGGAGCUUUGUAUACAAAAGGAAAACACAACGAAUUCAGCAAAACAUAUAUUUGUUUAUUCACUUGCGCGGCCACACGAGCUAUACACUUGGAGAUAGUCACAGAUUUAACUGAGGAGUCUUUCAUACUUGCUUUUAAAAGAUUUGUCGCUCGGAGAUCUACACCAAGGAUUAUGUUGUCCGAUAAUGCAACAACCUUCAAGGCAGCCGCCGAAAAGAUUACAAGAUCAAGCAAAGACAACCGAAUACAAGAAAAACUUGCCGAUCAAGGAACUGAGUGGAAAUUCAUACCCAACCCAGCACCGUGGUUUGGAGGCUUUUGGGAACGCCUAAUUGGACUCACGAAAAAGUCAAUUAAAGCAAUACUAGGAAAGUCAUGUGUCACUACGGAAAUGUUGAAUACAGUUGUAAUCGAAAUCGAGGGAACUCUAAACAAUCGUCCUUUAACUCUCAUUUCUACUGAUAUUAAAGAUCCCAAACCGCUGACGCCAGCGCACCUUUUAUAUGGUCGUUGA